AGAAGCUGCCAAUGAUUGGAGAUAACAUUUUUUGUCUCCAAACUCUUUGCACAGUUGGCAAAAGAGUUCUGCAAAUUCAUCCAACUUUCCAAUUCAAUCUCUCUCCCUCUCUCUCUCCAUUAUAUAUAAACACCAUUCACAUUUAUCCCAAACAAGUCUAACAAAGUUAAUUCGCUUCUUCAAUCUUCCGCUUCUAGAGAGAGGGAGAGGGAGGGAAGAGAGAGAAAUGUAUAUGGUGUUCAAGCGUCUGAUCAUCGGCGGCGAGAUUGUUGAAGAAGAAGGCGAGUGGGAGAAAGAGAGAUAAAUUUAAGCAAAAAAAAAGAAAAAAAUCAGUUGCGAAAAUCCAGCUAGAUUUCGGUUACCAAAUAUAAACUAGUCAGCGAAUGGAGCAGAAAUCGGCGGCGGCGGUGGUGGCGAGAUGCGACUGCUGCGGGCUGACGGAGGAGUGCACGGAGGCGUACAUAAAGCGCGUGCGCGACCGCUACUCGGGGCGGUGGAUCUGCGGGCUGUGCGCGGAGGCGGUGAAGGACGAGAUGGUGAGAUCGGAGAAGAGAAUCGGGAGCGAGGAAGCCGUGAAUCGGCACAUGAGUUUCUGCCGGAAUUUCAAGGCGCUCGGCCCGCCGAAGAAGCCGACGGAGGAGCUGAUCGCCGCCGUGAAGCAGCUGCUUCUGAGGAGCCUCGACUCGCCGCGGUCGGGCCCAGUGAAGAAGCCCGGCCUGCUGCGCAGCCAGAGCUGCGAGCCCGGCCGCGUGUCGUCGAAAUGCGACGUGUAGAUGCUACACUCGAUGAAAUAUUUUGCUUAGUGUUGAUUUCUAAGAACUGAUUUUUUUGAGGUAGUAGCUUUUAAUUAGUUACGAUUGCAUAUAUAUUUAGUAUUUAAUUAAUCAACGUGGUUUGUUCUUUGAUGCCGGGAAAGUGUUUUUAUGAAUUGAAUUGAGUUAAUGAUUAGUAUUA